GUGUCGCGAGCGUACGACAAGUGUUAUGGAUUACUAACGCGAAAGUGGAAAAAAAAGUGACACGUUUCCUGUUUCGUCUUGAAAUGUACGCAAGCAAUACACACCGAGCGUGCAAUAGUAACUUGUCCGAGCAGCAACAAGCUAAACUACAAAAGAUCAAAGAGCUGACGAGCAUUCUGAAGGAUACAGAUAAAAAUCUGACUAUUUGCGAAGAAAUAUUGGCAACCUACAUAAGGAAACGAUUACGGGACAAGCGAGAGGAAAUGCAAAGACGCAGCGAAUUGGAACACAAAAUGACGGAAAUUCUAGAAAAUUUGAAGACUCGCCUGCUGGUGGAGUAAUUUUUGCCAUUAUGAUGUGUACCCUUAUGUUUUCUGGCUUAUUUUUACAGAUGCUAAUAAGUAUAUCAUCGACGUAAGAUUGGAUUUUACCCUAAUUUUCGUAAUACUAAAUUUAAAAUGGCAACGUGCUAUAAGAAGCAGGUAAUGGACGUAUGAGUAAAUCACUCACCAACUUUUCUAUCUUGAAUUUGAAUUUCGUUUGCCAUUCUAUGUUGUAAUUUCACGUUUAAAAUCACUCCCUUGAUUUACUUGUUACACAAUCUGCACCAUAUUCCAAAUUUGUUCGAUUUUAUUUAACGAAAGCGUAAUUUAAAAUCGCGAUCGUACGAAACGGUGCAAUAAAUCUUUUCUGACCAAGGAAUGAUCACUUUCGAUAAACGAAAUAGCGAUAAUUAUCGAAGUGACAAAGUUCUAGUUAAAUAUUGCGCCACCAGAGUGUGCUGGCAUCGCUGCGUUGUUACUAUGUAUGAAAAUGGCCCGACGUUUUAAAGAAUAAUGUAUCAAUCGAAUGUACAAUCUGUACUACUAUCAAAUAAUUUGACAUUAUAUUACAAUAUCUAUGUAAAGUUUGAAAAUUAAAAUAAUG